AAAUGGCGGCAAUGUUUGACCGCGAAAUCCUCUAUCCACUUUAUGCUUCAGCUUCUCGACUAGCAAAAUAAACAGCUGAGACUCUCACGUUUAGUCAUGGAGCGCUACCACAUUCUAGAGCUUAUUGGUGAGGGUUCCUUUGGGAAAGUUUACAAAGGACGGAAAAAAUAUAGUGGACAGGUAAGCUGCAUGGAGGGUUCAAAUAUGUCGACAGCAACAAAAUAAAUUUAUUAUCAUCUGAAUGUGGAUGACCUUGAUGUCUCUUUGGUUUCUUUUUGUUCAGUCAUUUAUGUUUUUCAUCUUAAACCGGAAACUCGUAAAUGUAGUCUACAUGUACAGCUGUUUUCUCAAGUGAAUUUCAUAAAUGUUACACAUUGGUAUUAACUUAAGCUUAUAUUUUGAUAUUCUAAUCCUUUAUUUGUUAAAUGAUCAAGUUUAAUACUAACAUAAACAGGAAGUAGUGUGCAAUAAAUGCAGAGCCGUAGACUGCCAGGUAGACAAUGUUAAAAAGUGAUUAUUAAAUGAUGUGAAAUGGUCUGAAAGCUAUACCUAUCCCUAGAUCUUAAGUUUUCUGAAGGUCUUGACAAUUUUCAAAGCUUUUCACAACAAUAUUUACCAACUAUUGUGCAAGUGUGAAUUUGUCACACGCUUUGACACAAGAACUCUUUCUGUGGUUGAAAUUUAUACCGGUGAAUGCUCAAGAAUUCCUGGAAAAGAGAACUGUACUACUUUCCCAGCAUGAGCACCACUAUAGAUCAGGUAUGCAAUGUUGUACUCCAGUAAUCACAUUGCCUUGCUAAUGUUAACUUUCAGGUUGUGGCUUUGAAAUUUAUACCCAAAGUAGGGAGAUCAGAGAAAGAGCUGAAAAAUUUACAAAGAGAAAUUGACAUCAUGAGGAACCUUGAGCAUGAAAACAUAAUCAAAUUACUGGACUCCUUUGCAACACCCAAAGAAGUAUGUUGUUUUUGUUGCAUUUAUCAAAGUUUCAGAAAAGACAAAUGUAUCUCUCUUGAGUAGUGGGUAUACUUACAAUAAGUUAAGGUUGUAAGGAAUCCCAAAGCUCUAAUGUUUGAAAUCCAGGGUGCUCGGCAUAUGUUUUCUCCAGAAGCUAAGAUUUCCUGUCGAAGAAUGUCUGGAGUGUAUCAAGAAUUUUGGGUUGAAAAAAAUGGAAGUUAGGUCUCAGAGAGCUUCUCGUGAUUAUUAACCCUCAAAUUAAUAAUUUCUUAAAAACUGUUACUUAAAUUUAAAAUUUGUGUUUAUUUCCUGUAAUGUUGUCAGAAUAAUUAUCCCUCGUAUCCCCCGUGCACUUUAGCAAACAAUAAGCCAGUGAAUCUGUUUGGGCAUCUUUAAUGAAAGAACCAAGACCCUGAGGACUCUAGAGAAGCUCCUAGGGAGGGAGAGAGGAAAUAAAAACAGCAAAUCAAACGACUGAGCAAGACCAAUGAUCAGAUUACAGGAUGUCAGUCAACACCCAAAUGGUGAAACAGCAUGGGGCCCUUGGGCUAAUUAAGUUAUUCCCUAGGAAUAUCAACCAUGUGUAAUAGCAUAGCCUGAGAAAACAGCUGACAUUUGGCGACGCUACCACUGGUUUCCCCGCCAAAUGAUGUCUGAGAAAUGAGCGCAGAAAUUUCAUACUAAUGACGUGCUAUUACCCAGAUCUGGGUAGUGCUUCUGAUUGGUUGAAUCAAAUUUCCCUCGUGGCACGACCAAUCAGAAGCUCUACCCAGAUCUGGUUAGUGAUGGUGCAUCAGUAUGGAAUUUCUGCGCUUGUUUCUCAGAGGUCGUUUGGCGGGGAAACCAGUGGUAGCGCCUUCAAAUCUCGGCUGUUUUCUCAGGCUAGUAAUAGCAGAGAAGAACAAACUUAGGUGAUGAUUGUCUAACAAUUUGUUUUGUUGAAAAAGGUUUGUGUGGUAACAGAGUAUGCUGAAGGGGAAUUAUUCCAGGUAUUAGAAGAUGAUGGUUCUCUUCCAGAGCAACAGGUUUGUCUUCUUUGGCAAAUUGUAUAAUUAUAUUACAUUAAAAAUAUUUUAUUAAUAUGAACCUGUUAAUUAAAAGCUAAUGCUGUUUGGUGGGUUCUGGGGAUGUUUGGAGGCGUUUUUUCUUCGUUGGUUAUCAAUAGAGAGGAGAAGUAGGAUGUCAUGUCACCAUGGUAGCUCUAUUUCUGGAUGCAACAAAACCAACUACAACGGCGACGAAAGGAGAAGGCAAAAAAGAAAUAGGUUUUAACAACAAAUUUGCACGUGCAUCACGCUAUUUUGUACAUUUCUUUGCUGUCGUUGCAUCCCUGCGUCAUGAAACUUCCUAAUUUCACAUGCUUGCUUUAUAGAGUAGGUGAACACAACACAAAAGUUGUCUUUUUCCUCUUUUAAACUUAGAUACAGUCCUUUCUGAUUCAACCCGAGGAAAUUUCGCCAACAUUUGCCAAAUUAAAUGAAAUUGAAUAAGAUCAAUGAAGUUUGAAGUGGUGCGAAUUCACCUGUUAAGUGACAUUUUGGGUUUGUUGUGAUCCAAAAUUUUUGCUAACGUGGCAACAUGACAUAACAACUUCUCCUCUCUAUUCCUUAGAAAAUUAACUGCUCCCAUGUUGUGCUAUUACUGCAAUGCUGCCACAAUCCUUCACCUUUCAUCUGGUCACUGUCUAAGAAAAGGAGAGGGUUUGGGAGGGGAGUAGCAGUAAUGAAACAAUCCAUGGACCAAAUUCACUGCAAAAAUUAUGUGCCACACUUCAACAUGCAGAAAUACACUUCAUGUUUCUACAACAAAGAUUGCUAAGAGUCAGCACUAACCUUCUGUUACCACUAACAGCCAUAAAAAUACCAUCUGCUCUUUGCUAUUUAAGCUUUGUUAACCUGGGUUUACCUGUACAAUGGAAGCUCUCCUAACGGACACUCUUGUAAGAGGACAGCUCUACUUACAGCCACCUUCACAAAACCCCAUUUCAAUUCCCAUACAAACCCCGUAUUUUCACAUUCCGUAGACACUUUCUGGAUUUACAGGUUAGAUUUUGGCUUUGUUUUUAAGCUUCCAUAAGUAGACCCCUGAAAUGAAAUCCUAAUCUCGUCUGAAUCUUGUUUUUCAAUAAAUCACCUUCAAAUCACUGUUCUUCAUAAUAAAUUUACCAGUACAUCUAUUCAGUUUCUGUGUCAAGGUUUUUAUAAAUACACACCAGCCCAGUUGCACUUCAAAUGCCCCUUGAAUUUUAAUUUUUUUCUGCAUUGUCAGAACAACAGUGGAGUUAAUCACUGAAAAAAGUGUGGUGGACUCCUUGACUUUUAAUUUUUCAGGUCAGAAAGAUUGCAUGCCAGCUGGUUAAGGCAUUAUAUUACCUGCACUCUCACAGGAUUCUUCACAGAGAUAUGAAACCACAGAAUAUUCUUUUGGGAAAAGGAGGAGUUGUGAAACUGUGUGAUUUUGGGUAUGAUGGUGAUACAGGAUUAAUUUCUAUCAAAAUGGUCAUUUUAAGUUGGCAGAAGCAAUGUUACAUGUAUUUUAAUUUCUAAAUAUACUCGAAACUCCCGUAAGCAACCACCUAAAAUGGAAAGACUUGGUGGUUGGUUUCAACAGGUGGUCCUUUACGAGAAUUGAACCAUGGGGUCUCUUCUGAGAAGAGGUCUGGACACGUCUACUUCAUGGAAGACAAUACAUUGCAUGCAAUUUCUAAGUUGCAAAAUGUGUAGUUCCAAAUUGUUGCUUAAGUUCUUAUACGCUACAAGUAGCACAGUACAUACAGUGAACAUUGAGAUCAGACCAUGCCUCAAGACAGUGGUCCCUUAAUACGAGAAGUUAAAAACAAAGAAAAACUAAAAUCUGUUUGGGCUUCAGUGUUUUCAAUGUUGCAGUGCAUAAACUGCAGCUUGCUUGGGUUAGCUUGUUUAGUAUUUAGCAUGUAAUUUGUAGUGAGUGUUAGGUAAAAAGAAUUACCACCAUUUUUUUCCAGACAGUUGAAUUUAACAUAAGUUCUAGCCUGCAAUCAGUAAUACAGAUAUGCAGAAAGAGAGCUCUGAGACUGGGUAUUGAACAUUAGAUGUAUUUCGUUCUCCUAGCAAAGCGAUUAUUGCUUUUACUUCCUUUUUGAGUAGAUGUAACAUUGUUGUCAACCUGAACAUGAGAUAUUUUGAGGAUGAUGACAGUGUUAUGACCAAUCACAUCAGAGAAAGGACAUUUGACCACAAAUAUAAUUAACAUGUUGCUGCUUGUAGCUACAUGUAUCUCAUACCUGAUUGCCUUUUUCCAUGAGACACAAUGUACGUAGGUGCUCACGGUUUUCAUGGUGGGAUCAUAUAAUACUAUAUGAUUAUAUAUAAAAUUUGGAAAUCAUGAUAAGUUUUUUCAAUUUCAGUUUUGCACGAGCUAUGAGCAUCAACACACUUGUGCUUACAUCAAUAAAGGUACCGUUGUAAAACCUAAUUUAUGUUUAUUGUAAAUCCCAACUUUUGUUGUAUGAUGCUGUGGAAAAAGGAAAAUCCGGGCUCGUUUGUGAGCCAAAAGAGCUAUGCUUUCAUGGGUCAGAGUUUGACGUACCAUGCGGUAGUUUCGUUUUGCAAGGGCUCAAUUUCCUGGAUGGAGUGAUUUUUCUAUAUUUUUUGGGCGCUAAUUUUUGUGAUUGGUCCAGUCUGGUUUUCAGGCUGGGAAUUAAUUUUUACUAUUCUUGGUAAUAAUAUUGCAUUCAAUUUGAGGUGAAAUACAGGCAACACACCACAUGGAAAUACAUACCAGUUGUCUCUCUUUAAGUUAUUACAGUUAGGGCAUCCAUUUUUUGUGUUAAAAGUUUUACUAACAAUAGCUUUUUUUUGUGGAUCUUGAGAAACAUCACAAAAACAGGAAAAAUUUGAACUGUCAAGAAUAAAGUACCAAACAGUAGUUAUGAGGCAUAAAUCAGCUUAAGCACUGCUCCUUUCCCAUAAUCUGUUACUGUAUAAACCUUAGUUAGCAUUCUGCUUUGUAGCCCUUUCUUUAUAAACCUGCCAGGCCUUUAAUACCUACUACAACAAGAACAAUGAUUGUACUUCACAUCGUACUUGCUUUAAUUUCUUGCAGGGAACUCCACUUUACAUGUCUCCGGAACUGGUGCAGGAAAAGCCAUAUGAUCAUAACUCUGAUCUCUGGUUUGUAGUACUUUCGACAUACUACUUCUUGGUUUAACAAAUGCAUGUCUUUGAAGUGUAAGGGAUGUUCUUGCUUAACUUUACAUAUUAUGCUAUGUGGGUAUGUAACUGCCAAUAUUGAGCUUUAGUCUCAAACUUGGUUUUCAAUAAGAGUAAAGAUUUGGGUAUUUUGGGCAAACUAUGUAAUAAUUGCAUAGCAGUAGAAGUGUAUUGUCUUGAACAUGAAAUGCAGUUUAUUCUCCAUUAUUUAACGGACACUGCCUGUAGGCAGACACCCCCACCCCCUCUAAGUAGGUACUUAGUCAUGGUGCCAGGGACAUGCAAACACUGCGUUCUUAUGAUGUAAUGUUCUUCAAGCAGACAUUUCUUCUAAGCAAACACCAAGUUGCUAGCCUCAAAAGUCUCCACCUGUGGAUCUUUUCUAAGCCGUAAUUUUUAUGCUUUUUUUCUUUUUCCGUAGGUCUGUAGGGUGUAUCUUGUAUGAAUUGUUUGUUGGAACUCCACCAUUUUAUACCAACAGUAUUUUUCAGCUGGUGAAUCUUAUCUGCAGGGUAAAUGUGACACUUUCAGUGUGGUAUUUUUUUAUCUGUAUUGUAAAAACCCACGAGUAAGAACCUGGUUUUAAAGAGCAUGUUUGACUAAAAUUUGCCAGUUAGGCCCCCUCUGUACAAGAACCCAUUUAGACUUAAAUUUGAAACAGGUUCUUAUUUUCUAAAAUUAUUGGAAAAAAAUCCUCUUCACUUGGGCACAUAAGGUAACUCAACAUUCAGGAUCCUCUUUGGAGACAUAGGUGCCUUAUCAUGACUCAACCUGCAAAGUUGAAAAUGAAAUAAAAUAAUUGUUAUUGAUAAAUUGUACAAUAUUAUUUUAGUACAACUUUAUGUAAGGAAUAAGCUUAAUACCACUUAUUAAUCUUAGCUACAAUGUAUUUGUUCUUUUCAGAAAAAAAGAUCAUAUUUAAGAACCUAAAUAGCCUAAAUUUGUGUCAAUUACCAUUUACAUGACAUGUACAAUCCUCUUCAGGCUAACUUGGGAAAAUGUAGGCUCUUACUCGCCGGUUUUUACCGAACUUUUUUCCUUGAUUAUUGCUAAAUCUUUAUUUGCGGUUGUUUUGUUGUUCAACUGUUCCUGUUUGAACGAGCAUUAUAUUAAUUUAUUUACUCUUGUACCUGUACAUUUUCCUUUGAUACAGUGCAUAAUAUUUCUUAUUAUAAAGUCAUGAGGGGAUGAUUAAAUAUGGAAAAAACAAAAAAAACGCUUUGGCCAGGUACUUCAAGUCCACUAAAUCUUAAUGUCAAGGCUCAUAUAAUUCUUAUUAACUACACCUUAUGUUGUUACACGUCAAAUUUGUUCUCAGGUUUAAAAUUUUUGAAAUACUAUCAGCUUGUUACAGGCCAAAUUUGAUCUCUGGGUUAAUUUUGAUUUAACCUACUAGGUUGAUUCUCAGUUUACUUUAAUUUGUCUCCUAGCCCUAGUUGAUAAAGGAAAUCAACAAUCAACCCAGGUUGAAAAAUUUUAAACCUGAGAACAAAUUUGACCUGUAACAUGUUGAUAGUAUUUCAAAAAGCCUGAAUUACUUUAUUAAAGAAUACUUUAAGGUCAAAUUAAUAAUAAGAGAGAAAUAAAAUAUAUUAAUAAUUAAUAAUAAUGUAUCUUUUCAUUGUUAAUUAGGAUACUGUUAAGUGGCCUGAGAACAUGAGCCCUGAUUUUCAGGUUGGUGUAUAUCAGUUGGGCAGAAGCUAGGGAUUUUGUGAUUUCAGUAAAGUUACAAGAAAGCAAAUUGCAAUAAUUUACCAGUUUAGUAAACUUUAGGGUCCAUGUGCUAUGUUUGCAGGCUAAGAGAGGAUAAUUAAGGGUAAGGAGAGAAGGAAGUGAUCAUGAGAAAUAUUCGUCAUGGCUAAGUGAAUAAAAUUGGGCUAACUUUGACACUGGAGAUGGACGAAUGAAGUGUCUUUCAAUAAAAUUUUUAGAGAUAAGCUAUUAGUGUUGUCUCCUUUGAUGGCUUUUGGUGUGUUUAGAAGACAGGAUUGUUUUGUUCACUGAUAUAAGGUUUGGCUAAUAUAGUUUAGUGAUAAUUGUUUUGUCACUGUUGCUGUUUUUGCAGAGUUUUCUUCAAGGUCUCCUCACUAAAGAUCCAAACAAAAGACUCUCCUGGCCGUACCUGCUCAGGCAUCCGUUUGUGGCUGAUGGAAUUAAUGGUGGGCUUAAUUUACAUGUAUUUGGCCUGUUUGAUCACUUUAUGUGUUGCUAUCAUUGUUGAAAAAUCUUUCAUAAUUUUUUCACAGUUAAAGCAUACAAAAUGAUUAAAGGUUUUAAACCCCUAGGAUUUGGACAAUUUUACAAUAAUUCUUGUAAUUAAGUUAAUAUGAUUGCUUUUGGCUGUCACCUUCAAUGAUAUGUCGGUCUCAUGCUUGGCAAAUCUCCUGCUUGCGUUCAUCUGGGUGUUUACAUUGAAAGGCAAUAGACCACAAACAACUCUUGCUCCUGGACAUAACUAAUAACCAUUCAACAGUAGGAUUCCUAAAAUGUGUGCAAUUUUACAGUUGGUUUUGCCUCCCUUAAAUCCUAUACCAAUGUUGCAGACCUUUUAUUGAUUAAACUGUUAUUUGAGCAGAAGCUGAGUUGGAAAGGAUGAGUGGUGAUCCAGAGAUGUUUGAACGGCCUUCCAAUAGUGCCAGCGCUGAAGAGAAAACUGCAAAAACUAAGGGCAAAAAGCAAGGAACAAUCAAGGUUUGGAAACAUCUGAAUGGCCCCUGCCUCAAUACUGAAGAUUGGGAAGAAAAAAAGUGUUUUAAAGUGACAUCCAGACAUUACAUGUUAGACUUAUAAUAAGGACCCAGUGCUAUAAAGAAGCUUUUCAUGUUAGACUUAUAAUAAGGACCCAGAUAUUGCUAUAAAGAAAAUUGUUUCUGAGAUAUUAAGUUAUGUUAGGCAAACUAAAUUUGGCUUGGUUGAAAAUGAAGAUAAUGUUAACUGCAGAAAUACAAAUCUAAAUGAAGAUCUGACCAUCACAGUGGUAAUGUUAACUGCAGAAAUACAAAUCUAAAUGAAGAUCUGACCAUCACAGUGGUAAUCGCAGUUUAAGCAAUUGCAAAAUAAGCUUGAAAAAUAUUUCAAGGCUUCAGUGGGAUGACUCUGGGUCAGUGCUGCAGUGUUGCACUAACUGAGCUUUGAGGACCCACACAUUAAGAGCGGGCCAAUUUGUUGAGUUCAUCUUAACCCAUAAAAGGAAUGAAACAUGGAAAUGAAGGUGAUUUGAACUGCAGAUGAUGCACUGCAGUGCUAAUGCAGAGGCCCCUUUGCAACAGUAAUAUCUUCAUUUAGAAGGCAGUAAUGUUAUUGUUUAGUAUCAUCUGCUCAGUUUUGAUUGAAUUCAAAUUAUCAAACUGUGUGUCCCAAAAAAAUCAUUUUCAUGGAAACAAGAAGAGUGAUGAGAUGUCUGAAAAGGCAGAUGGUUAAAACUGUGUUACUGACAUAGAAUGUUUGAAUUUCUUCUUUUGUAAAAACAUACAUUUAUAGAAAGACGGUGGUAACACAGAAGUACGUCCAUCGUGGAUUAGGAAACUACAACAGCAACAGGAAGGAAAACAGCAGAAAGGAAAUGAACCAAAGCAGGGCACUAAGGACAAAGGAAAACAGGAGGUGAAGAAGAAACCUUCAGGGAAUUCAAUAAAGAAAAAGCCUGCCCCUGCAAAGGAAAAUGGAGAAAAAAAGCAGGCAAAAGCUAAAGAGGAUAUUGAUGAAAAGAGCAGAAUUGCAGAGGAAAAGGCUGGUGAUGGUAAGGGAUGUCCCUGAACAGAACAGUAGUUUUGUGUUAAAAAACAGAAAAGUGUAUGUCCAGGUAUUUAGACCAAUUUACACAGCACAACUUUGUUGCGUGUGAUGUGUUUACGAUAAUCCUUUGACAUGACACAACAUCUCACUUACAACUGACUUGCAGCUAUCAUAUGUUUAAUUUGAGUUGUAUGUCUAUCUUAAGCAUUUUGCCCACAACAAAGGUGUACUGUGAAUUGGUCUUUAGGAUGGACUUCAUGCGCUAAUUUUGCAACACAACUUCUAAUGAGACUCAGACAUCCAUUUUCUAAAGCAAACACAGUUACCUUGCAUGAAUUUAUUACAGUAGCAUUUUAAUAACAUGAUUGUAGAUGAUUGGGAGGUGCAGAUUGAAGACAAGCCAGCCAAGGCAGACAGAAUAGGACACGAGAUUAGUGAUGACUAUGACAGAGAGACAUCAGUCGUUGAACAAGUGUUGGCUGCUGCUGUGAAGAGACGAGAGGAAAUAAGCGAGAAGCAGGGAGGAAAUCAAUAUGGGGGACAGGUCAGUCUUUGUAAUAAUAGUAAUGUCUGUGUUUUGCAGCUGCAUACGUUGCUUCCGUUCACAGUUCCUUUAAUUUUGAUAUCAUAAUCAGUUAGUUCUCAUCAUGAGAUUAAUGCAAGAAAUAUAUAGAAUGAUUUUCGUAGGACCUUGAAAAAUGGUUUCGGUAGUGUUCUUUAUUUUUUUUAACAUCCAGUUUAUGAAAAGAUCAAAACAUGGCUUCUUCGUUUUCCCACCAAAGAAAGGCCUAAUAUGGAGAAGGUAUUGGUUGAUUGGCCAAUCGUGUUGCAGUAUGAUGUCAAAGCGAAGAAUCAGUUGAUUUCUAGAAAGUUCUCAGGCAUGAAGUUUUUUUCACCCAAGCGUUAGCUUAUCCAACCAAAAGCCACACCUGUUUGUAUCUGUUUGAUAAACCAGUCAAAUCUCUCUAUUUCCAUUUGUUUCUUGUUUGUUUUCUGUUGUCGCACGUUUUCAGUUCAAGGUUAUACCAAAAUCGCUCUAAUUUCAUGGAGAAUGGUACAUUUUCGUUAACUUAUAUUCAGGAAGAGCUUGAUAGUGAGGAAGAAUGGGACUACUUAGUAGAGGUAACAGAACAAGCUGCGUCGGGGAAUACAUCAACCCUUCGAAACAUGAGUCCUACACAAGAAACCAGUAUUAGUGAGCAACUCAUGACUGACACAGCAUUUACCAGAAAAGUACAGAGUGCACUGGAAGGUGCAGCAGCUCAAGUUUUGGAUGGACUCCUGGAGGGAGCUUCACGGCUGAGACAAAUUCUUAGGGUGCUCAGAAGUUUGCUUACAACUGCUUGGUAAUUUGUCAGCACUGUCCUUUUUUCUAACUAUUUUCUAAAAUCCUCUUCCCCUGUAAGUUUGUAAUAAUUAUUGUUUUGGUUUUAUUUUACAGUUCAUCCAAGGUUAAAGUGAGGUUCUCAAUUUCAGUUGGGAUUCCUGUGGAUAACAUCAUUCUGAUAACACAGUUAAUAAAUAAGCAAGGCCUCUCUCAGGUACAUUCUUUGUUUUUUUUAUGCACUAGCUUAAUUACCCAUUAAUUUUAACAAUAUUUGGCUUUUACACUUAAUACAUGUUAAAACUGACAGAAAAUUUACCCUUAGAAAAAAAAAAUGAUAAUUUCACUUUUUUAAGCCACACAAGAAAGUACAGCUGUACUGCUGUACAGUUUGAUUGGAAUGAUUCUAUCCACAGACUUAAAAGUUAGAAGUAAAUUAUAUACUUAUCAGUCUUUUCCAUACAUUAUUGCUUGUUGUCUGAUCUCUUAAUCUUUAAAAGUACGUACCAGUGGCAGAACAUGAAUGGCAAUGAUAACGUACUAUUCUGUGAUAAUUUGUAGCAACCUUGGGCAGUGCAAGUUAUCGUGGAUGUACUGAAUGUGGCCACAGCCUUUCUGAAGGAGUGCAUUCUGGAUGAUACCACUGUAGAAAGGCAAGACAAAGACUGUUCAUUAUGUCCACAAAUGUUUGUUAGUAUUCAUGUGCUAGAGCACUAGACCAUUUUAGAACAACAUAGUUAAAAAGGUCCAAACUCUUUGUAAAACACUCCAGUAAGUGCUUAGGAUUUCAAAAGUGCUAUAGACCUCUACAAGGUAAAAUUGAGGUUGUUAAACCAUGCAUUAACAUGAAUAAAAAGAUUUUUCUCAUUUUAUCGCAAAAACAAUUGCAUUUCGCAUAAUGAUAUAGUGAAACAGGAUUUUUGACGGAAAUAUUCUUUCCAGGGGGUACCCAAUUAAGGUGGAAGAAUGACGGAAAUUGCAGGGGGUAGGGAGGUAUGACAAGCACUUCCUGGAAUGAAAAUUCCAGCGGGGUGGGGGCUCCAAAGCAAAAGUGCCCUCCAUCGGGGGUGGGUGGGGGGGGGGUAUGGAUAUUUUCUGGAACUACACAUUGCAAUAAAUAUUGCAGUGAAUGUAUAUAACUGAGUAUAAGUGCAAAUUUGAUGCAGCUGACAUCGCAAUUUUAAAUGGACUUGAGCAGGGUUUUUUUUUGUUUACUGCACUUUCAUAGAAUUUCUAAUUAGUAUUUUAAGGUGUCAAAAUUUUAAGCUCUGCUUUUCUCCCCAGCAGUUUCAGCCUUUUGAGCUGUGCAAAAAAGUUUGUUGGAGUUUUACCAGCGCUGGUGAAGCACAUUCAGGACAAAGAACUUUACCUUAGACAAGCUGUUCUUGAGGUUUGUUUAAAAUGAGGUUUUGUUUAGGCUAAACUGUUUUAUUGGACGUACCCUGUGAUAAUGAUAUGCAAGUAUAAUGACAAGGAUGAUAAUGGUGGUGAUAACGAUGCAAAAAAUCAUUUACAUGGAAACAGCACCAUUUGAUUUUUAUCUUGAAGAAAAAAUGAAGUUGAUUGAAUAUACCAACCUUUUAAGAACUGUAAGUUGAAGUAGUUAAAUAUUUUAAACUGCUUAUCUGUGGCACACUGCCAUCUUCUUCCAAGUAAUUGUGCAGCGGAGGCAAACACCUUUUCACGCAGAGCCGAAAAACGUGGGCAGUGUAGGAAAUAAUGUUUCGCAUCUUCAAUAAAUGCAUCACAAAGAGUGCAGGCAGGGUUCAUUAUGAGAGGUAAAUGAGCAUGGAGGUUCAGCUUAAUCUUCUUUACUGGAUGUUUGUGUCUUUUUUAACAGUGUGUUCAACAUAUGUGCAAAGCCAUGGACACGGAAACUGCCACCGUAGAAGCAGAGGAAUUUUAUGAUAAUUUGGUCACCUGUGAUAUAAAGAGUGUAGAUUGUCUGAUCACAGCUCUUGUUAUCGAAUCAAAUGUUCUACAGAGACUCAAAGGUAGUUUAUCCCUUACUUUCUAAUUAUAAACCAGUUAACCAACCUCAAUGGCUUAAACCCAGGGAUUGUGUCAUAAACUUGUUGAGUGUGAUCACCCAGUUGAGCGUCGGAGAGCUUGUGUCAGUGACUGGUGUUUUGAAAAGCUGUGUGAAUUUCAUCCUCAGAGUCAAAAUAAAUAGUUCUUGUCCACCCAGGUCAUCAGCUGAGAGUUUGAUACGCAACUUACUUGCACUCUGAAGAUGAUUGCCUGGCGGGUUGUCGAAACUUCAGUCCAGGGUUCGCACGUACCUUGAAAGUCCUUGAAUUUUAAAAUAAAAAUUCAAUUACUCUUGGGUUCAAACCAUUCACUAUCAAAAUGUUCUUGUUGAUUUCGGGCAUUUUUCGAAUUUCUUUCUCAUUGUAACUCGUAAAAUCUUAUUUGAUUUUGAUAGGUUCAAUCGGUGAUUCUACUUCUGUCAAAGCAAGAGUGGUUCAUGUGCAGACAGUUGCUUUAACAACUUUACAAACACUGGUGACUUCACAUAAUGGCUCUUACGGUGAAUCAAGUCCAAAAAGAAACUUAGCCUGUGUUGUAGCCAAAAAACUUCUUCAGCCAUCAAAUGAAAAGUGUUUAGAGGUCUUAUAUCUCCUUCUUCAUCAUAAGCUAUCCUCGCUGUGCGUCUUAGACUUUCUUGCUGAACUCUGUGGAGUAUCCAGAGAGCUGAGCAUUCAUCUUUCACGGCAUUCAAACUGGAUGGUAUCAUUGACCAAGUUCUUGUCAAGUUGUAGUGGAAAACAUUUAGACCACAAAGAGACCUGUUCUGUUUUGCUGGUUUUAUGUUCCAUCGUAGAAAACUCGGAGGACAUUCCUUCAGAGUGAGUUGUUUUGUUUCACAGUAGAGUCUGUAUAAAGCGCACAUAAAGGACAGCACAUGUAUCCCACGAAAAUGGGAACUCGAAACUUGGGAUUUCCGCUUUGGAGAAAGGUGUCUUAGCCAAUGCUCUUCCAAGCCAUUUGUCGAAACAUCUUGUGGGGAUGAUGCUUGUUUAGAGUCAGAGGCAUAUGCGACACGGAAGAAAAGAAAUCUGUGUUCUGCCAACAGGAGUCGAACCUGCUCUACCGCAGUUUAUGUUUAUGCGAAGAUUCUGUUUUUUUACAGCGGAUCAACUCGCUGUUGUUACGCACUUGAAUGCAUAUUCAUAGUUACGCGAAUAAACGCCUCUCUCUAUUAAACGCCCCCAACCCCCCCCCCCCCCCUCUUGUACCCUUAAAAUUUAAUAAGCGCCCCAGGCGUUUAAUACGUCAUUUACGGUACCCAAAUACUCCCUCAGUAGGAACCCCAUCUGUAGAAAACCAAACCCUAAUUUCUAAAAUAUGAAAUGUUCUGUAUAUUAUUUUCAUUUGACACAUUUCUAGGUGUUGCGGUGUUCCGGGUUUUAGUACAUGCAUCUAACAAGUGGCCUAAAGCACGUAUAUGUAUGUUAAAAGAUGUGACCUUUUUAUUCAUCGUUUAAGAAACUAUUUUCUCCUUACAGGAUCAUUGACUGCUCUGAUCGUGUUGUCUCCAUAUUCGCUGGCUCGGAUGUGUUCGAGAUCCAAGCUCUUUCUGCCACUUUGCUGGCUAAACUUCUUACUUCAGACCCCAGAUUGCAAACCGAUCAAGACGACCAAAUUUUAGAUGGCAUCUCUGCAGCACUGGCCAGGCUACCGCAGGUAAUCAAUGUUGAAAAUUAUUUCACCAUCGGCGUCAAAUCUUUUCCCAUGUGGUAAGUGUUUGUUUUGCUACUGUGAAAUGAUUUCAGAAGUCAUUUUCACCGGGGAAAGCUCAAAAGUAUUGUUUGACUUGUUUUAGCCUACAGGACAGGUGUUAUUUUUUUGGCGUUUUUUAAGCGAGCGAAGGUGAGCGCGAAGCAAGCGAGGAGCAUCAGACACGCGCGAAGGGGAAGGCACUUCGUGCUUCGUUCGCCCGAAAAACGCGAAAAAAUAGCGCCGGUUCUGCCGGUUAGACUUGUUGUAUUCAAUUAAAAUUGGUUUGUAGGCAAGAGAAAAUUAACCUAGAGACUGAAAAAUUUAAGCUCGUAUCUCUCUGGGCGUAAGCUAGAGACAAAGUUAAACAGGCUCUUUUGCCCUACGCAAUCACUUUCUAAAAAUUAAAAAUUCUUCUAAAUGGCCUGUUCGUAGCGAGGAAAAAGCUGCAUAUAACUUUACUUCUUUUCAGAGACCUUUGGCAUUUGUUGGGGUUCGUGAAGGCCUUCUUGAUGGCAUUGUAACGUUACUGGAACAUUGUGUUAGUCAGGUUAGUGACUUGUGGUGGUGCUUUAUGGGUCGUAUUCCAGGAUAUAUACGUUGUAGUUAAUGUUUUAUCUCAAGUAAUUUUUCUUUUUCCGUCUACCAUGUCGAAGUAAUGUUAACACGUAGCUUAACCAAACUUGACGGCAACAGCAGCGAAAACGUCACUAACGAAAUGAAUAUAUGUUCUUUCAAUUCGUCGUGAUCAUUCCAACUCGCUCAAUUUUAAUGUGAAAUGUAGGUGAAUUUUCCUAGAGUUGAAUUCUUGAUGCCGCCACCCAGCUUCGGAAAGAGAAAGGAAAAUUCUUCUUUGUGUGCUUUUGUCCUCCAUAAAACGUGGUUAUAGAGACUUUGACGUCGCAUUCGUCCAGUGACGGCAAAGAAAUAAAUAUACCAAAACGUUCGACGCUCGUAAUUGCUUUUGUCUCCAGUUUCUUAGAUAACAACCGGACUUUUAGUCCACUUUGUCUCUCAACCAAGCUGUUUAACAUUGACUCCUAAACAAUAAACCUGGGUAAAGCUCUUUUGUACGACUGGCUCCCUCAUAACAGGGCCUAGAAAGAAAAAAUCUUUUCAAUGACAUUUUGGCAACAUUAACCCAGGGCUUACAGCUUAAGUUCUAGUAAGUGGAAAAGUGAGAAACUACUGGCUAAUUUUUUAAACCUCGAUUGGUGACGAAUUCCUCACGUGUCUUAACUGAGGGAAUCGCGAAUACUUUUUGUCUCUUACAAUUUACUUACAUAUAAAGGAGAAACCACUGGAAUAGUACGUUUUUUAAUAGUACAGAUGGUUACAAGGGUGUACAGACAAAUUUCAUUCAUUCAUGAACACCAACAAUUUGCUUUUGCAGGAUGCUGGCUCCAGACUGGCCUCUCAAGUGGUCGAAACCUUUAUCUGGAAUAAUUUGUGGUCUGCAGUUGGUGUUGUUUUAAGCAUAGCACCAGCUGAAGCAGUAGUUCUAAGGUAGAUAGUGAUGUGAGAGUUGUGUAUUCUUCAUUCUUUAGCCAUGGCUUUCAAGGCCUUAAAAGCAUGUAUAGAAGAGUACUUCCUGGUGGGAAAACAUGGCAUGGAGAUUAUUGAACCGUGUAUAAUUUAAGUGUGAUAAAAAUAUCACGGAAAGUCGGAUUAUCUAGUCAACCAAGCAAAACAAGAGGCAAAUAUGAGUUGCCGGUCGCAAGGCGCGGGAAAGGCCAAUGGACCAAUCCGAACUGGAAGGAAACACGCGUAGCCGGUCGCAAGCGCGGGGAAGUCCAAUGAACAAAUACGUGUAGUCAGUCACAAGUGCGGGAAAUUGCCAGCUAGCGACCAGAGGGAGCAAGUCAGGAUUUGCCUAAUUUCUCCUUUGUUAGGUCUAGAUUUGCCUAAUCGUUUUGUUAAGUUCGAAGUAAUAAGAAUUGUAGCCAUUCAGUGACGUAAAAAUUCUUCUAAUUCAGUUUUGAACCCCUGAUUGUCGUUCUUGUUUGUUAGUGAUUUAGAGUUGCUAGUCGAAGAGGAAAAUGGCGUCAGUGUGGGAGCCGUACAAUGGAGACUUAUGUCAUAUCGGGGCUUGGAAAAGGUCCUAGACGUCACUCAGUUAUUAUUUACCAAGGUGAGUACACACAUUUUAAUGCAAAUGUGGAACGGACAGGAGUGGAAAGAAUAAUCGCUUGAGCCACCUAUCACACGAUUUUUUAUUCACUAUCACGGAAAAUUUUGUUUAUAUUUGUUUGUUUGUUUGUUGUUGUUGUUCACUGGUUGUUGUUGUUGUUGAAAAUGACUGUAAGCAGUGAUGACUGUGUUCCACUUAUACUAUUUCUGCGGUUCUCGGUUUCUUGAAAAGAUUAAAGCCCCGGACACAUAUCGUGUCGUAGUCAAAUAAUAAGUAAGGAUCUUGAAAAUGUCUUUUUUCCCGUCUACCUAAUCCAAGUAUACGUAGCUGAUUCAAUCUGUUUAAUCACACAGACCCCAUUACAGAGUAUAGUAAAGCUGGUUGAGCCUCCCACUCAUGCAGUAUCCUUUUUGUGUAAAAUGCUCACAUCACCAUUCGUGGAACAGUUUUCCAAGCAGUAAGUUCUAGUGAUAUUAUAAAGGAGCUUAAGCAACGACGACGACGACGGCUAAGAAAACGUCACUUAAAAAGUCAAGUUGCGCUCCUUCCAACUUUAUCGCGCUUAUUCCAUCUCGUUCAGUUCGUCAAAUGUUGGCAAUUUUUUUCCGGAGUUGAAUUCUAAGGGACUGUAUCAAAGUUCUGGAAAAGAAAAAGAAAGUCGUUGUCUUGUGCUUACGUCCUCCACAAAACGUGAAGUUAGGUAUUUUCACGUUGUAGUCGUGCAGUGACGGCAAAGAAGUGUACAACAAAGCAUGAUGCACGAGCAAAGUUGUUGUUUUGCCAAUCUAAACCUAUUGCUUUUUUGCCGUUCUCGUUGACGUCGCCGUCGUCGUUGCUUAAGCUCCCUAUUAAUCCUCUAUCAAGAAAACGCCUUGCAACCCUUCUUGUCAGUUGUCACUCUCUGACUGAAAGGUUACAAAACCGUCCUUCACACCAUGCACAAAACAAACAAAUCUGCAUUUUGGCAAGCCACUAUGUUUGUAAACUACUUCUCGAAGAAUUGAAUAAGUGGGAGUUACUGGGUUUUUCUCCUCCUCCAGCCCGCCGUUACAGGAACAAGUCAGAAACUCAAGCCGGAGCCAAGCGCGGGAAAAGGUCCUCUUUGCUACCAAGCAACGAUAUCAUGAUUUGUUCCUAUACAUCCCAUUCAUUUGAAUAAAGGCAACAGUCAAUUUGGUUAUUGUUGAGAAACCGCUAUUGAAUAUCCUCACAUCCGGCAUUAUUGUCUUUGACGCGGAAUCGAGCAGUUGUUUGUAAGCACUGCUAAUAUUAUUUAGUAAUGUUUGUCUUCCAGCCUCGUAGUUUCCAAGCAUGAAGAUAAACCGGAGGAUAGAGAAAUCCUUAAAGAGAUCACUAGCAAGGUGAACAUUUUUACUUCUUUUUUUCUCUUUCAGUGCAGGCAACGUCGAAACGUGUGACGAGCAAUUAUUGGGCUUACCUUGCGAAAUUUGUGACAUGUCGUAGGUACAAAUCUGCCUCAAAGUUGCUGCACGAACUAAGCAAACAUAAAGAUGUGUUUCCCUUCAAUUUUAACCAUUUGUUUUCCAACCUUUACUCAAUGAGAACAGCGAACCACUCAAAUGAAGUUUCCAGCUAGAAGGCUUUGGCUUAAAAAGUCCCCUUUUUUCGGAUAGAUGGUCGCUUAUAGGAGAUGGUUGCAAAUGGAGGUUCUACUGUCGUUUUUAGUUACAGUGUAGAAGGCUAAACUCCGUAAUUCUGAGCAACCGGCUCGGACUGUUUGACUGCUCCCCUUCCCUCCUUUAUGAAGCACGCUAAUAAUAUCUUUGUGUAUUCGUACAGGUCAUCAGAAUUUUCUACUUUCCAUUUGCAACUGACGUGGAAGAACAUCUUCUCCAUGACACCCAGAGGUAUAAAUAAUGGAUAAUUUUUUGUUUGCUUAUUAUUAUUGACAUCUAAAUACAAGUCCUGAUGAACUACAGCAACGUACUUGGCCUCAGCUUAACAACUUUUCUUCCAGGGUUAGUCUUUGCGUUAAAGGAAAUUCUGAGAUGUGACUGUCAUACGGUAGAAUACGUCAGUACUGCUAAACUGAAAUACAGAGCGCGUAAUUUAAUAACUAGGGGUUACAAUUUACUGCUCAUUAAAUAAAAGGCUUUCGGAUAGUGGAGAGUGGCGCGAAGUGGAGAGCUCAGCGGAGGAGAGGGAGAGGGAGAGGGAGAAAGGAGAGAAUGCCGGUCUUUCGCCCUCUCUUCCUACUCUAGUUCCUCUCUGUUUUUCUACUGCUUACUUCUCUUAGCUCCUUCCCCGCUGAAUCUGAACACCAGGAACAUGCUAAAAUUGGCACAGGGAUAUGAUCAAAUCAAGACAGUAAGAGAGCCAAUCGUCACUUUGUAUUCCUUUGAUUGACUGGAUUUUUCUUCCUCAGUGUCUUGUACCAGUUCAGAUUGGUUCCAAUAUUGUUAGAGUUUGCAGCAAGGUUUCUACCCAUGGAGGAUUUGGAACUUGCAAUGGGUACGUUUUUACUUUAUUACAGUGAGUGUUCCGUAACCUUGAUCUAAAAGGGAUAUUGUUUCGAUUCUCAACGCUGCUAUGAGUAUAUAGAACCUUGCUAGAUCUGUUUCUCUGAGUUUUCGAUGUUUUUCAUAACCUUCAUGGAAGUUACUAAAGCAGGGAACGAAAAAAUUGACAGUAGGAACAAGAAAACCUAACUUUAAUCCAGGCCCUUUAGCUACCACCAUUCUCUGUUGUGUUCCCAUUUUUCAUUUCCCUUUCCCCGUUCCCAUUUUUUAAAAUGAACUUACUAUCCCCUGCCCGACCCCCCAAAAAAAAAAAAAGGAAACAAUAAAUGUUAUAGUGCACGGAGCGAAAGCUGACAAAGUGUUUUCUACAGUUCCAUUCAUGUAAUAAAGAGGGAAAAAAAGGUUUUUUUUACAGUGGUCUACAGUGCAGUUAGUGCUGAUAGAAAUAAAUGUUGUAAGUGGUACGCGUGUUAAUUGAUUAUGGUUGAUGCUUGAUCCGAGUUUUUGUAACAUCCGUUUCUACGUAUGUCCUUUUUCUUAAUUUCAGGUCUUGUUUCUCGUUUGGUGCUAAGCGAUGAAAUUUUUGUCACUCAACUCGCGAAACAUGUUAUUAACAAUAAGGUAAAACUAUGUCUUUGCUUUGUUUCUUUUCCUUCUUCGGCACAUUUAUUGAGGACGUAGUUUCUCUUUUUAGGCCGAACCCUUUCUAACUUCACUUGUGUCAGCGGAUAACCCUAUUCCCCUACUAAAUGAUGUCAUUGCGAUACUAAGUCAUGUGGCACGGAUUUCCUCCGGGUAUGUCACCAUGGUUACACAGGUCCUGCGAACCGAACAAGGUGAGUUAAAUCUUUGGGGAAAAUUACUAUUCCUUGGUUCUUAAAAACUCAUGACAAAAAAUAAAAACUUCCAUUACAGUCGAACCUUUAUGCGCGAGCACCUGUCCAAGACUUCAAAAUGUUUGCAGUCAUGUUGCGAAAGGCACCAGACUUAAUCUGGUGCCUUUCGCAACCGAGCGCGAUCACUGUUUAUGGUGGUAGUUCUAACCCCCCGCCCCAUUUCUGUUUGUCAAAACACCGAUGUUAGCGAGGGAUCCAGGGAUCCCCUCUCUCCCAGCAAUGCAUGACAAAGAGACAGGGCCAGAACUGGAAUGUAAACUUUCCAAGUUUAAUGCUAGCGUAUUUUUGGGUGAGCGACCGCGCUGUAUUUCCUGCGUGUAGUUGCCUUGUAAUUAACUUUUGAAAGCAGCGGAAGAUCGGGAAAAAAUAGUUCGAUCAACCUGCCUCCUUCCCUGCCUUCCGUAAUCGUGCACCACAACCCGAGCGAAUCCUAAGGCUGGCGCUCAUGGCAGCAAACACCUGAACUGUAAGGAAAAACAUACCGAAAGUGGUCACCCAGUCGUGGAUUUCUGAGAAGAUAAUUACUAGAGGUUUAACUUCAUUUAGAAGAGUAAGAAAAAUUGAUUUUUUCUUAUCUUUAGAUUCAUACGAGCCUUUACAUCACCUGUUGACGCACCAGAACUCAGCUGUAGUUGCAAACGCGUGUGGAAUGCUGGGUAACAUACUCAAACAUUCUUCCGUCUUCUAUUCAACGCUUCAAAGGUAAAUAACAGCGGUAAAUAAUAUACGAAUUGACCCACGACGACAUUCAUGAUACCUUAACUCUCUCCAGUCCCCCAAGCGCUAGCUUACUCAUAACUCACAAAGCGAGAAGUUGCUAAAAUUUAGAAUUUGACGUUUGUUAUAUUGAAAGAUCAAGGCAAUUCUGCUCUAGUGAUCAUUCUCUUGUUUUCAUGUUCUUUUUGCUUAUUUUGUGUUGAUCAUACAAAAAGAAAUUGGACGCUGAUCUUUGUUGGGACUCCAAUGGUUACUGUAGUGUUUGUUUUCAGAACAAGUCUACUAUCGAGUUUGUUAAGCUGUCUUAAGAGUGACGAUUCUAAUGUUAGAAAGGUGAGUUUCAAACAGUUUGCCUCUGUUGGGUUUUAUUUGGAGGGGGAAAAGAGAGUAUUAAUUAUAGUGAGUUUCCAGACAUACAAGUGAUGAAAGUCAAACGUGACCUUGCGUUACUAAACAAAUAGCACCUUGAGAAGGUACUGCUAGAAUUAUGACAGUCAAGGAUUUAUUUGUCCAGAGCAUGUUAAUUUGGACGAUCACCUUGUAGGGGAUAAUAAACAGUCUACUGAGUUGCUCGAAUAGCUGAGGCAAGGGCUAACACAGUUUUGCUCUUGAUGCCCUGGUAUUCACACGCGUGUUCGUGUGCUGUGAAACUCCUCCUUUGAUAUGUGCCCUUGUUUUUCAGACGCGUGUCCGAGUGCUGUGAAACAACUCCCCUGAUAUGUGCCCCUGUUUUUCAUACGCGUGUGUGAAUGCUGUGAAACAACUCCCCUGACAUGUGCCCCUGUGUUUCACACCCCUGUUCGAGCGCUGUGAAGCAACUCUAGGGAGUGGUCGGAGUUUCAGUGAGCGCGCUUACUCAGUCGUCUCUGCAAGCGCGCGGGGAGCGACCUCAAACCACGCGCGUGCGCGCACUAGUGGAGGCUCUACGGAAACAAGUGGGUACUAGUCAGGUUGGAGCGGUAAGUCCACCGUCCUUAUCACUGGGCGACUGACUCUGCCUCUUAUCACUUCUCCUCAUUCCUGUCCCCUUGACUGCAUAGGUUAACAACAGCCUUUUCCCCGGGCUCUUCCUUCGGAAACUGGGAGAGGCGGAAAAAGUCACGGAGUUUAGAUUAAGUUGACGCCUAAUAGAGUGUUGGUCACUUCUUUUGAUUUUAACACUGGUUAUUGUCAUAGUAAGAGGUCUGUUAAGGAUGAAAUUAGUCUUUUGCCGUAUUGAAUUCGAACUACUGACAGCAAACAAACACAACACUGCAUAGGUACAUUAGGUGUUUAUGAUGUUAGAGAUUUCAACACACAAAAUGGUUGUCAUUUCAGUCAUUGUUAUUAUUCUAAGGGCACAGUUGAGAGUGACUAGCGCCAUCACUGUACCGUACUGUCCCCAUCUGUCUACUUUCAGACCGCCAGUUUCGCUAUUGGUAAUGCAGCGUACCACAGUGACUCCCUGUACCCAGCACUGAGCCCUGCUGUGCCGCUAUUAGUUGAUCUGCUGACAGACUCCUUGGCUAGAACAAGAGCUAACGCUGCUGGUGAGUCUAGUUAUUAUUUGACCUUCCAUCAUGACCAACUCAAAAUGUUAUGUUCAUGUAGUCGCAUCUUAUGAUCGACAAAUGCACAGCACAUAAAGGUGAUGAAAGUGUACAUGUUCUUCGCAGUAGAAUCAACAACUUAAGCGGUCUAAAAAGAACCUGAAAAGUUCAGCCUUGACCGGGAAUCUAACCCUGACCUUUAAGCUGACCGGACUCAAUGCUCUAUCCUUUGAGCUAAUCAAGCCAGCUGGAGAGCAGGCCAUUAGGGACCUUUCGAUUCUAAGACGAGUGCGACUACGAAUACGAGAUUUUCUCAAUACUAAGUAGUGCACGCGCGUAAACCAGUUUCAUUUUGGCGGGAAAACGUGGUAGCCGUCGUCAUUCUACUACGAGUUUUAGUGCGAAUGUCGUAGUGACGAAAACAAGUUAUCAAAUGUUAGAAGUUUUAUCAUUUUGCGAUGGGGAAAACACAUAACCUCCUUCACUAAAGGUAACAGUGUUAACUUUUCUUGUGAAAUAUGAUAAAAUAUAGCUUCCCGGGAAGUCUAUAUUUUGAGAAUAUGCGAAAAAGAUUUAAGUCAAAUCUCGUACUCGUAGUCGUUCUCGCUAAAGGACUCUAUUAUGACUUCGUAUUAUACCCGAUGGUGGAAAUGACAGGAACUAGCUAAAUGGUCACACUUAGGUAUUUCAUUCAUUGACGACACCAAAGCUAGAGAACACCAUGGAAGAGUUCAUUCUCCGUUGUAGGCCGAUGCUCAAUCGUUCACUACUUUGGCUUUGUGUUCGAAUAUCUCUUACUUUACCGAAAAUGCAUGCUACUUUACCUUGCUAAUAAUACAAUCGUUUUAAACAGAGUAGAGACACACUGAGUUUAAUCACGUUUUCUCACUCAUUUUCGUAAUAUUAACUCCGUUUAUUCUGUGUUUUGCUAGAUGUGAUAACACUGAUCUGUUAGCGUGAGGCCUGUUGUUUUAGAGGAAGGACUCUAUAUUCAUUUUUUCAAGGCCAUCACGAAAAUACUCGCCCUGGUGCCUCCAGUAGCUCAGUGGCUAGAGCAUCCGAACUAGAACUCCGAGGGUCGUUAGUUCGAUUCUUACCUGGAGCUCGGCAUUUUUUCUGAGCUCUCUGGUGUUAAAAUCCUCCUUCUUCCCAAAAAAUGUGUAACAUUCGAUUCUACCUUCAUUUCUGGAAAUAAGCGCAAAAAUGCGGCUGGGUUUUUUAAAUUCAAAAUUGUAAUAUUUUAUAUCUGUCUUGCAGGUGCUUUGGGUAACAUGGUGAGACAUUCACCUUUGUUGUAUCAACAGAUUAUCAAGGCGCAAGCACCUCAUGGGUGAGGAAUUUAUUGAUUGAUUUAUUUAUUUAUUAGAUCUUGUCAGCAUUUAUCUUCCUCUCUCUUUUCUCCAAGAAGAGGAGCGCUGAUUGUCAACUCUAAGGAAGACCCCAUUUUAUUUUAAGGUGCGUCCGGUCGUUUUCGAACGACCACGCGACUGCAAGUAAUUUUCUUCCUUUAACAACGUGUUCCAUAUCUUAAAUAUUUCCUCGUAAAUUAUCAUUUUCCCUUAUGCCAAGAAUAGUUGUUUUAGCAGAGUCUUAUUUGUUCAUGAUCAAUAGCGCCCGCGAUACUCUUGUCAAUUCACGCCAUUUCUCUCUCCUCCCUUCAAGCUUGUAAAUUUGUCGUGCAUAAGAAGCUAUGACGUCAGCUUUCUGAAAAAUCUCCACUUUUGCCUAUUCGCACUACAAACGAGAGCAUUUUAAUAAACCAUCCUCUGUGUAUGAUCCUUGUAGUGCGGGUGCAAGGCAAAGUGCAUAAAAAUGUCUCCGUUUCCAAAGGAGGACGCAUUGGUGUGAGUGGUUAGCAAUAUAAUACGGGAACGUUCAUUGACGACGGGAAAGCGCGCGGAAAGGACUGAGUGCCACUGCCAGUGCCCAUAUUGCCGCUCUGCCAUUGGUCAAGCACGUUUUUUAUUUGCGCGCGCCGUUGUCAAUGCUAUUGCGUUUUCAUUUUUUUGUUAUAUCCAUUUUGAAAUCACUGGUGAUCCCUACAAUCUGAUUGGCUCUCAGAAGUGUGAUUUAUUCACGAAUCACAUCAUUCUUUGUUCAAAAUCCCAUCUGUUCUAAAUCGCGUCAUUUCUGUUCUAAACCGCACCAUUUUAGCUCUAUCGUCAUAUCUGUUUCGAAGACAAAAUGAGAUUUAAAAGCCUUUUUGUUUCCACUUUUCAAUAAACAGGCUACUCGAUCAAUAAAGUUUGGUACUGACUGAAUUCUACGAUUUCAAAAUGGCUGUAAUAAAGUGGUAAUUGAACUUCGCGUCGUGCAAUUUUGGUCUGAAAUCAAACUUGUGAUUUCAAUGGAACUUGCACUGCGCGUCCGAUUUUAAAUCACUUAGCUCAAUUACCAUUAUAAAUCUGCCUAUUUUCUCUGAUUAAACGCGUUGUAACGUUUAUCUUUCUUAGUGUUCUUGAUAUGGCGUGCAACGAUGGGCACGCUGAACCUCAGGACGCGGCUUUGAAGACGCUCAGACUCUUCUGCAGAAACCCGCGCUGUAGGCAGGUUCUUGUUUCUCUCGGCAUUCAACAACGACUUGUUAGGUUUUUAGAACGAUCCCGGAUGUCUGGUGCCUGUAGUCAGCAGUCCAGUAUCUCGUCAGUUCCUAGUACUGCGCGGACAAAUGAUAGUGUUGUGUCUGAACACUGUGUGCGUAUCUUGAACAAGCUUAAAACACGCGAGAAUGAGACGUGA